AUGUAUGCAUGUAUACAGGUUCGAGAUGCCAGACGAGCCAACGUCCUGUCGGCAGCGAUCGCCGAGCACUACAACCGUACCCACCGCCACGCCUUCGACCAACACGAACACCUUCCCCACUCGCGGGAGGUCGGCGACUUCGGAAGCCAUGGAUCGGACGUUCCAUGGUGGGUUAAACAUCCGCUGUUCAAGGGGCUGGUGGUCACCGGCCUCAUUAUGGGAGCUCUCUCUCCGGUAUUUCUAAAGGUGGGCAGGGCGGACUCGGAGCACCGACGGAAGCGCGAGCACAACGACAGUUUCAUGAAGUCCAACCCGGAGGUGGCCAAACUCGGAGUUUACCAGCAGAACAACUACUACUGCCACGCGCCGUUUCCAGGAGCGCUUGACUCGCUGGCGUACAAACGUCCCCACCGGAGCGAGCUUCUUGCGGUGCAGAUCAUCACCCGAAACGGAGAUCGGGCUCCUUGCGGGGUUCUUCCCUUCGAGAACAAUGUUACGUGGAAUUGCGAUGGGCCAGACCUGUUUGACCCUAGUGGGAUGCCGAUAGAGGUGGUAGCCCGGUACAAUCUCAAGGUCGGCGUAUAG